AUGUACGGAUCAGAAACUUGGGCAGCUAAAUCUACGGUGAUGGAGAGGCUUGAUUGCGCAGAACAAAAGCUGCUUAGACGGCUACUUGGCUACUUUUGGCCUAGAGUAUGCCACAAUGAAGAUAUUUACGCAGAAAUUGAUGUGGUAUACCGGCGGAUGACAGGUGGAAGAUAUCAACGUCUUUCACCGCCCUCAAAAGUGGCCAAAGUAUAUCGUCUUCGCUUCUUUGGUCAUAGAAUAAGGACACCGGUAGACCGCCUUUUUCAACGAGUUUUGAGGAGUUUGUCUCCACCUAAGCCACCUGGCCGAAAACGGAAGUUUUGGACUGAGGCGGUGAAAGAGGACCUGAGGACACUCAGCGUGGAUAUAGCGUGA